AUGGCCAACGAUUUGUCAUUAAUCAACUACUUCAUUGCGCUAUUUGAGGAUUUCUUUGCCAGAGCAUACAGUUCCCUUUUAGCCCUCUCGGACGCGGAUAUGACCUUCACAAACGCCCUUUUGUACACAGUCGUGUGUCUCUUAGUUGUCACGUACCAUACCUACCACCUUCGCGUCUUGUGCCGCUCUAUCGGCCUAGCCGCCUUUUGCUACGCGGUUAUCGCUCUUGAUAUCGCUUCCAUUCUCUGGAUCCUGGAUGAGAACGCCGCCUGGUUUGCGUACACGGGAUCUGUUUACUGGGCUCCAGUCGCUCGACUCCCUUAUCCUGUAUUUGAAUGUAUUGGGCAAGCCAGUGCACAUUUGGGCGCGGCUUUCGGCCUCCUGGCGACAGUGUGUCGGAUAUGGGGACCCUGGGCAUUCCAGCUUAUUGUCUGCGUCGCUUUCUACUUGGCGAUCAUUGCCUUCGCAAUCUCCGUCUUGAAACCCUGCUCCGGCGAGGACGACAGCGAGGACGAUACCUUCGACCUCCUCACUGCCGCUGAAAUCGCACUCACUAUUGCCGACCUCGAAAUCUUAGCAUCAGCAAUCAUCCCUCCUCCCUGCACUGGCGGUAUAGGCUAUGAGAACUGCGCUAUGGAUCGUGUGGAGCAACUAGAGAGGUUGUUGGAGCGUAGGAGGUUUGAUCCCCUUUUCUCCCCUUUGGGUUUGAGGAAAGGGUCGAUCGAGCAUCCUGUGUCUCUGCCAACCUCUCCGCAAGCUUCUGGGCCCGCUGGCGGAACAGUCUGUGAGAGGGAGGGGGACUUGGUGGCUGGGAGUGCUGGGAAAGUGGGGUUGAACGGGGUGAAGUGUUCUGUGGCUCCGCUUGCUAUCCCCGAGUGGGUUAAGCAGUUUCCUACAGCUGCAGACUGGUUUGCGGGAGAUGGGGGAGGGGAGUCUUGCCCCGGGUAUCCCUCGGUGCUGCAGAGAGUUCUGGAGGAGGAGGAGGCGAAGGCGGGAAUGACUGAGGAGUUUGUGAACGAGAGCGGUGACGGCGACAACUUCCCUAUUUUUGUUUUUUCUUUCUGUUCUGGCAUUUUUGGACUUUUUGCAUUGACCGAACAAGAAAGCUAUCAACAAAACACAAAAAACCAGUACCAACUAAGCCUCAUUGACAUGAGGUUCAGGGAGUUGAAGCUGAUUCAACACUCGUCAUCUGCAUCUAAGGCUAGAAGAGGGACGCUAAGCCCAACCAAAUCGCAAAAUGAAAAUCAUAGACUUGUCACUUACGAUCUCGAAUUCUAG